GACUGUAAGUGACGUUCCCUUCAUUCCGAACGCCUAAAAGUCACAAUCCGAGUCCCGGUCCAAAAUACAGGUCGAAUAUCGAAUCCAAAUUUUAAUCUUUUGUUCGCAGCCGCGCCGAUCCGGUCCACAACGAUCCAAAGAUGUCCGAACAGUUCAACUUCAACGACGCCUUCAACAGCCAGACCAUGCGUGGUCGCGCCAACGUUGCCAAGGCCACCUGGGCCUCGGUGGGCCUCGUCUACGUCCUGGUCAAGAUGCACCGCCGCAACUCGAAGCGGCGCGAGGCCAAGCUCUACUGCAAGGGCUGCCAGCAGGCCAUGCUCCAUGGCUAGGGCGCCGAUGCUGCCAAAUCAUUGUCCCCACUCCUCCGAACCGUCAGCAAUCAAUAUCUCGUUAUAAUCAUCAUCCCGUUUGCGGUCCCUGCCACAGUUGAAGGCGUGGGACCGAAACUCCUGUACCUUGUUCAGUCAAUAAAAAUCGAAUCU